AUGGUGGCCCCCGCGACCACCACAGCGAAUGCGCAACCGAACAAUCCCCGUCAGCGGCCGAAUACCUCCUACCCUUCUUACGGCCACAAUGUACCGCUGAGCGCUAGACGGUCUGCGCCUUUGGAUCUUUCGACCGUCGAACGGCGCGGUCAGCCAAGUGCCACUCGAGAACCAACAAAUCGCGUUCGCGCCCAUGGCCUACCGGAAGCCCCUACUUUCCGUCCUACCGAAGAAGAAUUCAGAGACCCCAACGAAUACAUCAGGAAAAUCGCACCGGAGGGGUCCAAAUAUGGUAUUUGCAGGAUUAUUCCCCCGGAGAAUUGGAAUCCUCCAUUUGCAGUAGAUACAGAAAGGUUCCAUUUCAAGACCCGCCGUCAAGAAUUAAACUCAGUCGAAGGAGGUACCCGGGCGAAUUUGAACUACCUCGAUCAGCUCGCAAAAUUCCAUAAACAACAUGGCACCAACCUUAAUCGCUUCCCUAGUGUCGACAAAAGACCCCUCGAUUUGUAUAAGCUGAAAAAGGCAGUCGAGGUUCGUGGUGGAUUCGAUCAGGUCUGCAAGUUGAAAAAAUGGGCCGAAAUUGGUCGCGACCUGGGCUACAGCGGCAAGAUCAUGUCUUCACUCUCCACGUCGCUGAAAAAUUCAUACCAACGGUGGCUUCAACCUUACGAAGAGUAUCUCCGUGUCGCCAAACCUGGCGUGCAACAACAGCUUGAAGUUGAACAAGGUGGACCCUAUACGCCAUCCCCGAAUCGCUCGCCGGUAGCAAAGCGACCCAUGUCCGCUACCCCAUCAAAUGCGCGUCAAGAAUCUCCUGCCGUACGAGCUUCCAACAUCCUCAACGCCUCGAUCGAGACAGACAGUGUACCAGAACAGCAAGCCCCGACAUCAGAAAUUCCUCUUCGCCCAACGCCAGGUUUCACUGCCGUAAAUCGGCCGGGAGGAUUCACGCCUGUUAAUCGCUCACCGUCGUUUGCUGCGGUAAACAACACUCCCCCGAUCAAACGAGAGAAUGAGAAUGGCUCUUCCACCCCGAAAAAUAUCGCUCCUUACCCGGGCAAGGAUAAGGCUGAUGCCAAACAAACUCCCGUCACCAAUGGGCAUGCCCCGCAUCCACUCAAACGCACCAUCAGCCAUGACAGCUUCGCUGCUGAUUCGCAAAGUGACUCUGUUGAACUGGACGCUUCCGGCCGUAGAAGCAAACGACUUCGAAAAGAUGGUGUACCCAUGGUUGCUGGAUCCCACAUGAGUCUUCUUCGUCCUACACCACCUAAAGGAAAAUCGAAGAGUGGCACACGUAGAACAGGCGAGAAGUGCGAAACCUGCGGGAAAACAGACAAUCCCGAGACUAUCUUUGUGUGUGACAGUUGCGAAAACGGCUACCACAAAUCUUGUCUGGAAAAUCCUUUGAACGCUGAUCCAGAUUAUGACUGGCAUUGCCCGAAAUGUCUUGUUGGUACUGGCGAAUUCGGGUUUGAAGAAGGCGGAGUGUAUUCCUUGAAACAAUUUCAAGAAAAGGCCAAUGCUUUCAAAAAGAGCUAUUUCGCUCCUCGCAUGCCCUUCGACCCCGUUCUGAACACACAGCGCCGUGAAACCGAGGACGACGUUGAACGUGAGUUUUGGAGGCUUGUUGAGAGCCUGACGGAGACCGUGGAGGUUGAGUACGGGGCUGAUAUCCACUCUACCACCCACGGCAGUGGGUUUCCAACUGUCGAGAGAAACCCGCUAGAUCCAUACGCGCAAGAUCCUUGGAAUUUGAAUGUGUUGCCAUUCCACGGCGAUUCUCUGUUUAGGCAUAUCAAGUCCGACAUCUCAGGUAUGACUGUGCCAUGGGUCUACGUUGGGAUGUGCUUUUCUACGUUUUGUUGGCACAAUGAAGACCACUACGCCUAUUCCGCCAAUUAUCAACAUUUUGGUGCUACCAAGACUUGGUAUGGCAUACCCGGAAAGGACGCUGAAGCCUUUGAAGAAGCGAUGCGGCAGGCAGUCCCGGAACUUUUCGAGACACAACCGGACCUUCUGUUUCAGCUGGUGACGCUUCUCCCACCAGAUCAAUUAAAGAAAGCUGGCGUAAACGUCUAUGCGCUUGAUCAGAGAGCUGGCCAGUUUGUUAUUACCUUCCCCCAGGCGUAUCAUGCUGGUUUUAAUCAUGGCUUCAAUUUCAAUGAGGCCGUUAACUUUGCACCGGCAGACUGGGAACCAUUCGGUGCCCUUGGGGUUGAGCGAUUACAAGCAUUCAGAAGACAACCGUGUUUCUCACAUGAUGAACUGCUAAUGACAGCCGCAGCUAGAGAUACUUCCAUCAAGACUGCCAAAUGGCUUGCACCGGCACUAGAUCGUACGGUCGAUCGUGAAACAUCAGAUCGUGCAUCUUUCCUUGAUCGCCAUCGAGCAAUUGCUCCGCAUCAAUGUAAGUUCAGUGGCAGUGAUUGGUCCAGCGAUGCAGAGUGCAAAUUGAAGUAUGUCGUCUACGAGGAAGAUCUCCCGGAGGAGGAGUACCAAUGCCAUUACUGCAAAGCUUAUGCAUAUCUUACUCAAUUCCAUUGUGACAAUACCGGGAAAACUGUCUGCUUAAUCCAUGCCGACAUGUACGACUGCUGUGACGAACCUCUUGAACAAAGAAUGCUAGGUUCAAACCAUACAUUACGAUACCGAAUGACGAAUGACUCAUUAUCGGCCUUGGUACAAAAGAUACAAGACCGCGCUAGGAUACCAGAGGCGUGGAAUGAGAAAUUGGACAAGGUGUUGGAGGACGAAGCGAAACCUCAGCUGAAGGUCCUCCAUAGCCUCCUAAGCGAAGGUGAGAAGAUCCCUUAUCACUUGCCCGGCCUUCAAGACCUGGCGGCUUUCGUUCAGCGGUGCGACAAGUGGGUUGAAGAAGCCAACAACUAUAUCACGCGGAAGCAACAGAACCGCAGGAAGAAUGAGAAAGCCUGGCGUAAAGGCACUUCCAAAGCCGCACAGCUUGAAGAACGCGAUCGUGAGCUUCGCAGAGUGGAAAAUAUCCACGCUCUACUUUCAGAAGCUGAUAAACUGUCCUUCGACUGUCCACAGAUGGCGGCCCUGGAAGAGAAGACCCACGAGAUCGAAAAAUUCCGCCUGGAGGUCCAUCUUGCGCUUAGUUCCAACGUACAAUCAGCCACCCAGAUUGAGGAGUUGGUCGAAUCCAGUCGAAACUUCAACGUGGACCUGCCCGAGGUCGAAAAACUCGAAUCCGUACUUCAACAAAUAAAAUGGCGAGAGCAGUCUCGCGCCAAACGUGAGCAGCACCUCACACUGGGAGAUGUCCAUCAAUUUAUCCAACAAGGCGAGGAGUUGGGUCUCGCCGACAAUGAUCCGGACAUGGCACAUUUCAAGGAGCUCCGUCGGUCUGGUGAGGCAUGGGAAGCCAAAGCCAAGGAGUUGAUUUCUGUAGAGGCAGUCCACUAUGUGCAGCUAGAAGCCUUGUCCGCUCAGGCAUCAAGGUUUCCUGUAUCUCCUGAAACUCUGGCGCAAGUUGAGGCUAUUUUGACCAAGCAGCGUGACGCUCAGAACCAUAUUCGAACUCUCUACGAACGUUCGAAAGACCCUGAUAUUCGCAACCGUCCAACCUAUAAAGAAGUUCGUGAACUGAUGGAGUCAUUGGAGCAGCUUAACAGCAGACCAAUAGGGGCUAUAGAUCUCGAACGCGAACAAAAACAUCAUGAGGAUUGGAUGCGAAAGGGUAAGAAGCUCUUCGGCAAAGCGAAUGCGCCUUUACACAUUCUUAAAUCUUACAUGGAGGUUGUUGAGAAAAAAAAUGCUUCCUGCUUCGAUUUAGAUGAUCGCUGUCGCCCACCUGUCGAACCUUCGUCACGUGAUAAUACUCCUGAUCGUAUCUUGGACAAUCCAUCGACGAGCUGGUUUGAGGCAAAGUCACGGAAGCGAGAUGUGUUUUGCAUAUGCAGAUUACCGGAAUCGGGAAUGAUGAUUGAGUGCGAGCUAUGUCAUGAAUGGUAUCAUGGCAAAUGCUUGAAGAUCGCUCGAGGCAAGGUCAAGGAAUUCGACAAGUACACAUGUCCGAUCUGUGACUGGCGACGAAAAAUCCCUCGUGACGCAGCACGUCCCAAGUUGGAAGACUUGCAAGAUUGGCAGGCAGAAAUUGCCAGUCUACCCUUUCAACCAGAUGAAGAAGAAGUCUUGAACAGCAUUGUGAAACAAGCUACACAGUUCCGAGAAUUUCUUCAAAGCUUCACAAACGCUGCUUGCACAACCAGCGAGGAGGUCCCAACUCUGAUUUUUUAUCUUCGCAAAAUCGAAGGGGCAGAAGUUCUACUCGCCUACGAAACCAACUUCUUCCGGCAGGAGAUUCAUAAAUGGGCACCGGUUGCCCCUGAACCGCCACCAAUUCUUGAGCAAUCCCUUUCAACGCGAAAACCACGUCCUACCAAGAGUCAAAAAAUUAUGGCGCAAUUAGGAGUAGAUCGUGUUGAAGAUCUCCCUCCACAUCUCAGACCUAAGACCAGUCAAGCCGGCAAGCGUAAAUCUAUGGAUGCAACCCAACAGGCUCGUACACCGCAGCCUGGAGGCAGCACUACGACGGACUAUCAAGCCGAUGGAGAUAACGGAGCCGGCCUAGAGAACUCAUCUACUCCCUUUUUCUCAGGCAGCUACGGCAAUCUUGGCCAGGAUUCUAGUCCAUCAUUUAGACUAUCAUCAACCCCAGAACCCGGUCCUGCUUUGCUUUCUCAUGCCAGUGGCCAUUCCACAACAUUCCCGUCGCGCGCAUCGCCACAUGGUUUGGAUCAACCUCUGUUUAGCGGUCCCUCUGUUUUCCGUGAUCCACAGGAAAGCGCUCCGGGAGUUGGUAUUGAUACUGGGAAUCCAUUCAGUAGUAGUCCACCUCGACAAGAGAUGAGUGAUGUCUUUGCCGAUCUGACCAACGAUGACCCGGAGGCUGUCGAACCAAUGGAGAAUACUCACGCCAACGAGGCCCUUGAGGCCCUUGAUGUCAGCAACGGUAGUGAAAGACAUGACUCAAACAACGAAGGCGAUGGUGAUAUAUCCGGCCCCGGCGAUGACGUCGAAAACCAUGAUAGAGAUGGCGAUGGUUUUUAA